AUGAUGAAGUCACUAUUGCAAAGCAUUACUAAACCAAGUGUUUCAUGGUUUGACAGCACUUUGCUUUCUUGGAAAGAUCCAUUAACAAUUGAAAAUUUCCACAAUUUAGCUCACCCUGGUGCGAGUGGCAAAGUUGACACCAUCAUUGCCCUUUUACGGGAAGUGAUCUCCGUCAAGCAGACACAUCAUCGCAAUCAGCAAUUGCGUUCGUUUUGGGAAAGAAUCAUCAAACGACUCGAGAACGUCUCUCUUUGCGGUUAUCUCUCCCUCAUCGCCAUCAACUUCACAAUGUUUAUCUAUCCUGAAGUCUGGUAUUGA